CUGCAUCCUCUAUUGCACCUGUGAAGAUAUUCUUUGUUAACAUAGAUGCUUUUUGUACUUUUACUAGCAAUGCUACAAGGAGGAAAGCAUUUCUGUCUUCCCAUAACCUUGAGUUUCCCAGUCCUGGUGAUACACGAUGGUACUAUAGAGCUCGUGUCAUCAAUGUUUUGUAUAAUAAUUAUGAGAAACUUAUAGAAAUAUUUGAAAAUAUUGUUGACAGUGCAACAGG